UCUAAUAACUUAAAUGUUAUAUGUCAAAACGUCUCAAAAUCAUAUAGUCAGUGAUUGUCAAUAUCACAUGCUCUGUUCCGACGACCGUAAUCGUUUAUACGAAUAUAAAAAAAUCGGGUGAGAUGGAUAUUUUAAACAUAAACACCGGUCUGUUGCCCAUAAAAGCGCAUUUUUUUCUUUACUACGCAGCAAAUUCGCCCAUCAACCCAUUUCUGUCGACGAUUGCCAAGCAGCGGGGCUACUCGUCGUCGGUGUUCGGUAACAUUUUAACGUUACUGUUGCUGUUGACUAUUGUGGUCAAACCUUUGACUGGCUACAUUACUGACAGAUGGAAAUGCCGACGGACCGUGUUUUUAUGCGCGAUCCUACUGAACGGUUUGAUAACGCCCACGCUGUAUCUCAUUCCGGGCGCUACUUCGUCGACCGGCGAGUUGUCUAACGCCGAAACCUUUGGUUCAUUGCAAUUUUGGUGGUUCGCAGCCGUUGUUAUACUGAGGAUGAUAUUGUUUAUGAUUGGCGAAGUCCUGCAGGAGACCAUCUGCAUUAAAAUCUUAGACGGAGACACCGAAAAGUUUGGAAAGCAACGGCUUUGGGGUGCAGCCGGAUGGGGUAUCAUGUCUAUGGUGGCUGGAGCUGCUAUUGAUUGGUACAGCAGUGGCCUAACACAAAAGAAUCAUUUGCCUGGAUAUUUAAUUUCAGCGAGCUCGUUUCUCAUAGAUUUUAUAGUGGUGCUUAACUUAAAGGUACCCGAAACCAGCGGGCCGACAACGAAUAUACUCAAAGAUGUGAAAAUAGUGUUAAAAAACGCUAAAGUAUGUGUUUUCCUUGUUUGGGCAACAGCCGGUGGAAUGUUCAUGGCGUACAUUUGUUAUUAUUUUAUCUGGUAUGUCGAUGAUUUGGCAACCAUUUAUCACCCUGAACGAAUGUCAAUGCUAAGUUUAAUCGCAGGACUUUCUCUUACUAUCGAUUGUUUUGGCGGGGAAGUUCCGUUUUUCUACUUAUCUGGACACCUGAUCAAGCGUACCGGGCAUAUGACGGCUUUCUCAAUAUCAUUCGCUAUGUUCGCAUUAAGAUUUCUCUUGUAUUCGGUCAUAAGAGACCCACUGUGGGUAUUACCUGUAGAAAUGUUAAACGGUAUAACGUUUGGAUUGAGCUAUAUUGCCGGAAUAUCAUAUUCCGCUAAAAUUGCCCCUGUUGGUUGCGAAGGUACAGUUCAAGGGCUGUUUUCUAUGGCGUUCCUAGGAAUCGGAUCUUCUUUGGGUGUCACAUUAGCCGGUUAUACAUUCAGCCAUUUAGGCAGUGUAAUGGCUUUUCGACUAAUUGGAUUCAUUGCCCUCAUAACAUGUGUCAUCCAAAUAGUCGUCAAUCACUUUAUGAAUCGGAAUAAAAAAUGAUAGCAUAAAAAAAAGGAUCAAAAGAUGAAUACCAACGGAAUAUUUAAUAUUCAUCAUAAAUAAGUAAAUAAGAAUUUUAUACACCGGCGUUUCUCAACCUUUAUAGUGUCGCGAGGUAUAUUAUAUAUUGUUAUUUAUUGGGGAAGUACUGACCAUUUGACCACCAUAAAGAAAUUAUUUUAUUGUCAAUAUUUAUUUUAUUUUUAUUGAAGUCACAGCAAAAAUAGUUUUUGACUAUUAUUAGUUAGAGAUUUUGUAAAUAGAUACUGAAUAUAAUAUUAUGCUGUACAUUAUGAACAAAAAAAAAAAGAAAAAGAGUAGUGCAUAUCUGAAGAAAUUAUUAUUAUUUUAACAUUUAUUGUUAUAUUAUAUUGUCCUAGUCUAUUAAGAUUAUAUGUUUUUGUAAAAAUAAAAUGUAUUUUGUAUUA